GGACCAUUGGGAAGGUUAAAGGCGAAAUGGCGAAAACGGGCAAGAUCUGAACUUUGGAGGAUCCGCUGUGAGGAUUAUCGUUAACCCCGAUCUGACCGGUAACGAGGAACGGGAUCAUAGUUUGCAUCAGUGUGUCAACGAAAUAGCCGACAGUAUGGCGCGCGGUGACAGUCGUUUGGGCACCUGGCAGGUGCUACUGACCAUCUCCAUGGUCAUCACCCCCCUGUCUGCUCACGGGAGGCAUUCACCGAGCAGGCAUCAUCAUCACCACCACAACCAAUCCUCUUUGAACAAGGAGGCCCUGAACACCCGGAUGGUGCUCAGUGAUGACUCGGCCGAGAGGGACCACCUGAUAGGAGCAGGGAUCGGGGCUCAGCUCCCACUCAGCUCAACCAAACAUCACCAGUCUCACAAACGCGCCCACCUAGACGUUGAAGAGGAGGACUCACCUGUGGGGGACGAGUUCACCGCUGGAGGAGCGGGUCCAGACCAGCCCGGAAACCCCAUGUCCGAUGACGUCAUCACCGUGGAGUUUCACAGCCCUGCGCCGGAUAUUCUACCCUCUGAUGUUAGUCUGGAUUGGGCCAAAGCCCAGAAUCAAAAAGGGGGAGACCCAACUGCAUGGACCCUUUCUGACUUCUACGACGACUUGGCCCCUGAUGACGACCUCUCAGCGCUAGACACGACUCCAGAACCUGAGCCCAAACCUUCACCCCCGCCUGAAAUGGAGGAUGAAAAUCCACUCCUGGCUGGAUCUCCAGCUCUUCCUGACACCGUGAGGCCUAACAUGGAUAGCGCGACCUCCUUACCAGCUACUACCAUGCCCGGGAUGGACAAAGGUGAUGGCUUAGGCUUCGGUGGCACCAUGGGGGCCGACGGCUGCAGACUGGGCUUUGUGCGCUCUGGACCUGGAGUUUGUGUGUCUGAGUGUGACGUCAAACCCAAUUUCUGCUUCAAUGGAGGGGUUUGCACCAUGGUGGCAGGAAUGGGAGCCUUCUGCAGGUGCAAUGUGCAGGACUACAUCUGGAACAAAGGUGUGCACUGCGAUUGGGUGGUCACAGAGUUCCAGGUGAUGUGUGCGGUGGUGGGCGUGGCCUCCCUGGUGCUCAUCCUCCUUUUCAUGAUCAUCGUGUUCUUUGCCAAGAGGCUGCACGGUCUCAAGAAUGAGAACAAGCGCCUUCGCAAACGCAGUAAGUUCCGCCCACAGAACAGCGAGCCGCAGACAGACGGCCUCUCCGUUUCCACAACAGCCGACUGCUCGCAGCCAAACAGGCCGUCCACAACCAGCUAUAACUGGGAAUAUAAACCCAGACACUCUUAUAAUCACUUCCAGGAUGACUCUCACAAGCAGGAAGACCCGUCAAAGCCCCCACAGGUCAAAGAAGAGGGGUCAAUGAAUAUCCUCAACUCUCAUUCCCCCAAACACGAGAACAACCGUCCAACCUCUGUUGCUCACGACCAGGGCCACACCCCGAACCACACCGAGGAAAAUGCCGAGGAUGAAGUCACUAUUGGCCUGGAAGUGCUCCUCCCCAAAGAGGCCAAGCUCCACUCAGAGACCAGCUCACCUCUUCAGUAUGACGUCUUCCUGUACAAGGUUGCCAACAAUGGAGACUCCGCCUCUCCCAGCCAAGCCCCUCACACUCGCAGUGCCACGUCUAACGCCUCUCAGCCAAUACCUAAAUCGGCCACACCACCCAUGACGCCCAAAUCCGCCAAGGUGCCUAAGUCGCCCAAAUCACCCAAAAACACCAAGGAACACUCUAGUAACCAUGACCCCUUGCCCGGGAGGCACUCCUCACCUUGCCGUCACCCCUCUCCCGGUCGCCACCCGUCACCCAGUCAUCACUCCACUCCUAGUGGCUCCCAUCACUCUCUCUCUCAUAACAAAUGCAUGCCCACCUCCUCCACCCCACCUCAGUUCCGCAGGCCCAGAGGUCGGUCGCUACUCCCCGGCUCAGAGUGCUCUGGGACUGGAAGAGAGUACCAGACUGGACACAUUCGUCCAUCACCCUCCUCCCCUCACCUCACCCAACCUCCACCAUCCCCAUCCAGGGUGAAGUACAGCCCGGUCAGCACUCGAUCUCUGCCACUACUCUCUUGACCUGACCUCGACCCAGAAUCAUACAUUCACACGCACAAACAUCUGUCUUGAUCUAAUCAGCAAUAUGUCCAUCAUAGCUCUAACUUUUAUAUGAGUGAUAUAUAGAUUAUCCAUCCAUCUAUCAUCUAUCUUUGCACCCUGCCCCUCAUGUUCAUACAGAGGAGGAGCAUGCUAUAUGGUCUUGUUCCAUGGAGCCAGUAAACUAGAACAACUCUGCAUACGCCACAUUCUCUCAAACUCAGACAUGGAUGCCCCAAAAUACACACGUAGAACACCACGGGGUGGCUGCAGCCAAACAUUCACACCCUCAUGUAAAUAAUAAUAACCUCUCAAAGCUCAGGUUUCUGCUCAUACAAGCACAAAAUGAACCACUACAUGUGAAUAUGUUCUCCAUGGUGCCAACGUCAGUAAGGUGUCAUAUAGGUUUACACCAUUAGCCUUUGUAUUAUCAAUGGUUGAUAUAAGUAUUUUGCUAUUCACUGUUUAAGAUUAUUUCAUGUUUUCACAGGCGUUUUGGUAUGUUUUCAUGUUUCUAAUCCUCAAUAAAUG